AUGCAUUGUCAGAUGGAUAGAAGUUGGGUGCACAACACAUUAUUUCCCACUGAAUAUGUCAAUGGUGUCAAACAAUUUAUGGAUUUCAUUAAAGAAAAAUUUGGUGAGGAUGCUGAGAUUCUCUGCCCAUGUACUAGAUGCCUUAAUCAGAAGUACCUGCACCAGCCCACUGUGAAGAAUCACAUUUUGAUGAAUGGCAUGGACUGUACAUAUACUCGGUGGGUACAUCACGGAGAGGACAUUAGUGUACAUGUUAAUGAAGUCCCUGCUUCUAUUCUUGUUUUUGACAUUGAUGAGGAUUCCAUUGGUGUGGCUGAGAAUGACAACAAUGGUGUUGAUCGGUUAGAUAUUUUGCUUAGGGAGCUACAAACUGCACAAGGACAUGGUAGUCAUGACUCUAAAACUAAAAAUGGAAACAAUGAUGGAAACCGCCAAUCCUCUUUUUUGAAAAAUCUAAUAAAGGAGGCUAAGUGUCAGCUUUAUCCUGGUUGUACCAAAUUUUCAAAGUUCUCCUUUGUGGCAAAGCUACUUCAUAUGAAGUCAUUUUAUAGGAUUACCAAUAGUGCACUUUCUGCUUUCGUGAAGCUACUAGUUGAUGCAUUCCCAGAGUUUAAUACACUACCAACCUCAUACCAUGAACCAAAGAACAUUAUAAAGGAAUUAGGUCUUGGAUAUGAAUCGAUCCAUGUGUGCUACAACAACUGCAUUCUGUUUCAAAAGGAUUAUUCUAAUCAUGACAAUUGCCCAGUUUGUGGUUUGUCAAGAUGGAAAGACCCACAGAGGAAGAAGAUUCCACAGAAAGUGUUGAGGCAUUUUCCAUUGGUGCCUAGGCUACAGAGGCUGUUUGUAACCAAGGAGGGUUCAGAACAAGCACAUUGGCACAAGUUAAAGAGGUAG